AUGAUCAUUAUGGAUCGACUUACGGAUAAGGAGGAAUGGCAUAAGAAAGUCUUUGAUGAAGGAAUCGUAUCCGGGUGGCGCGAAGAUGUUUUGGCCAUUCCAGAUGAACUAUUUUGGAACAUUGCAAUCCGUGAUAAGCACCAAUCUUGGGACAGGGAGGGCAAGGUCGAAUCGUCUGACGAUAAUAUGUUCUACAGAGGAUUGACAGGAAUCAUGAAUGCCAAUAGCUUUGAUUAUUGUAUUAAAGAACUUCAGAGCAAAGCAAAGUAUUAUGAACAGACAGGUAUCAUCCCAACAUUGGACGCCUGCGCAUCUAUUGCGAAAUCAGACAACCUGGUCUCUAAGAAUCUUCAUGAUGCUUUGCGUAAGGCUUUUGAUACACUCAAGAGUGACCAAUCUUCAUCACCCGACUGGCAUCCCAACUCAAAUGAUAUGGUUCAAGAUCUAGUAGAUCCUUCAAUGUACCCUUUAGUUUAUGGGCGCAGUAAGAUAUCAAAGGGCGAAGUCGUUGGAGUCAAUGAUGCCAUUGAGAAAUGGGCAGGAAAAGGUUCAUUUGGAAGGCUGGAGUUCGGGAAAAGAGUGCCUUUAGUACUUUGGAAAGACCGUCGGCUUUUUUGGUCAAAGACGUAUCAAUGGCUUCCUGCAAAUGUCGUUAUUCAAGAAGAUGGCAAAGUCAAAUUUACCAGCUACAUCAAUAACAUUCAUCCAACGAAAUACCCUGAAAUUUAUCGGACGAUUGAAAAAUUGAUCGAAACUGCGCUUCCGUUAUGGGAUCAAUGUCUUACUGUUGCCGUGGACCGCUAUGGAAAGGAAAAGGAUGGAGCUGGACGAAUCGAGCCUAGAUUCCCUUAUCCAGAAAAUCCAGAUGACGAUAAUCAUGAGAAUUGGAUUUGGAUCCCUUCAGUCCCAAGCCCGACAAUGGAAGUAGAUGGUGAAAAUGGGAAUGGCCAUGGCAGUGGUGAUGAGGUCGGCAUGAAUAUCGAAGACACCUAUAAUGAAGAAGAUAAGGAGGAAUCCGAAGAAGAUGAUGGGGAAUCCAAAGAAGAUGAUUGGGCAGCCGAAGAUAAUUGGGAAGCCGAAGAUAAUUGGGAAGCCGAAUAUGAGGAGGAAGCCAAAUAUGAAGGGGAAGCCGAAGUAAAGUGGGGGUGGUCACGCAGACCCUUAAUUCCAGAGCCUUCCUUCGAAGAUGUCAAUUAUUCAAGGGAACCAGAGAAGUGCCUCGCAAAGAAAUUCAAAAAAUCCGGUCUGCAAAUCAUUGUCAAGAUGGCUUCUAUUGAGCUCACACCAGAGAAACCUGAAUUUCCAAUGGGUGGUUGGCAUAUCGAAGGACAAAUGAAUGAACAUAUUUGUGGCACAGCGCUUUAUUACCUUGAUAGUGACAACAUAACUUCGAGUGAUCUCUCAUUUCGUAUGCAGACUAUGGAAGACACAGGUCAAGAACUCGGUGUAGGAGAAGAUUCAUAUCAUUGGCUAGAGCAGGUUUAUGGUACAUAUCUCAAAUGGGAAAGAUCACCAUGUCUUCAAAAUUAUGGUAGCGUUGAAACACGUCAAGGAAGAUUACUUGCUUUUCCCAAUGCUUUUUUCCUCGUUCCGCUUAAAAGAUCCAACAAAACCAGGUCACAAACGAUUCAUCGCAUUAUGGCUCGUAGAUCCACACAUACGCAUCAUCUCCACAGCAAACGUACCACCUCAACAAAUGAACUGGUGGGUAGACUCAGUCUUUGGCGAUACUUCCGAAGCCCGCAAUAG